AUGAUUGUCAUCAAGAAGGCGGGAGACGGGUCCAAGAAAAUCAAGGGCUGCUGGGACUCCAUUCACGUGGUGGAGUCGCAGGAGAAGUCAAACAGCCGCACUGCCCACUACAAGCUGACCUCGACAGUCAUGCUGUCGCUACAGACCACCAAGACCGACUCAGGCACCAUGGGGAGCAGCCUGACCGGACAAAUGGAGAAGGAUGAGACUAUCAGCAAGUCGUCUCCUCACACUGCUAACAUCGGCCACCUGAUGGAGGACAUGGAGAUUAAGAUCUGCAGCACUCUGAAUGAGAUCUACUUUGAGAAGACCAAGGACAUUGUCAAUGGGCUGAA